CUUAUUAGCUUUGGCAUGACACUAUUUCUGCUAUCAGAGCCUCGCGAGUAUGUAUUCAAUGACUCAGAUCAUAAAGAGACGUUCUUCACGACUACAAGUGCUGUCAUGCUCCUGUCUGGGUAUCUGGUCUGUGACUCUUUUACUUCCAACUGGCAGGAUCGCUCCUUCAGGAAAUAUGGUGUUUCUACUCUUCAGAGCCGCAAUAUGACUCUAGCAUUGGAGCUAGUUGACCGGCUUGUGAGUAUGCAGGUUUGUUUUAUUCCCCUAAGUGUUUCUUCCGAAUGCCAUGAAAGAUCUCGGAACAAAGGCCUUGUAAUCGAGGUACGGAGCACAGAGAACUGA